AUGGCAAGAGUCCCGGAGCCUCUAGUUGUUGGGAGAGUGAUAGGAGAUGUUCUUGAUUCCUUCACUCCAACAACACACAUGUCUGUUACUUACAACGCCAAGCUAGUCUGCAAUGGACUUGAGCUCUUUCCUUCUGUUGUCACAGCCAAACCUAGAGUUGAGAUUCAAGGAGGGGAGUUGAGAUCUUUCUUUACUUUGGUGAUGACAGACCCAGAUUGUCCCGGCCCUAGUGACCCUUAUCUAAGGGAGCACCUGCACUGGAUUGUGACAGACAUUCCAGGCACCACAGAUGCCGCAUUUGGAAGAGAGGCGCUGAGCUAUGAGAUGCCAAGGCCCAACAUUGGCAUCCACAGGUUUGUGUUUGUUCUCUUCAAGCAGAAACGAAGACAAUCAAUCAACAUACCUUCCUCAAGGGAUUGCUUCAGCACUCGAAGCUUCGCCGCUGAAAAUGACCUGGGUCUUCCUGUCGCUGCCGUUUACUUCAAUGCGCAGAGAGAAAGUGCAGCUAGAAGACGCUAG